GUUUUCAGUGUGACACCGGGGGGACGUUUUGAGUGUGACAUCGGGAGCUGCUGUUUGAGGUUAUAACCAAAAAUUUUUUAAAAAUGUAUGAUGAAUCAGAGAAAACCAAGAGGUGGGAAGGAGGCUACGAACGGACGUGGGAAGUCCUAAAGGAAGAUGAGUCAGGUUCUCUUAAAGCAACAGUUGAUGAUCUUCUCUUCAAAGAGAAAAGGAAAAGAGUCUUCGAAUCACAUGGCCAAGUCAGACUAGGAAUGAUGCGGCACUUAUAUGUGAUAAUAGACAUGUCUAAAUCAAUGGAAGACCAAGACCUGAAACCGAAUCGACUUACGUCAACGUUAAAGCUGCUGGAAUACUUUGUAGAAGAAUACUUUGACCAUAAUCCUAUUAGCCAGAUUGGUAUAAUUUCUACGAAGAACAAAAGGGCUGAAAAGCUUACUGAACUUGCAGGAAAUCCAAAGAAGCAUAAAGAAGCGUUAAUUAAAACUGUUGGUGUGUCAUGCAGCGGGGAGCCAUCUCUUUAUAAUUCCCUCUCUCUAGCUAUGGAUACUCUGAAGCACAUGCCAGGACAUACCAGUCGUGAAAUACUUGUGAUUUUUAGUAGUCUCACAACUUGUGACCCAUCUAACAUCUAUGAUCUUAUUAAGUGCUUGAAAGCCACUAAGAUCCGUGUAUCUGUGAUUGGCCUAUCAGCAGAGGUCCGUGUUUGCACAGUUCUUGCACGAGAAACUGGUGGCGUUCACAAUGUUAUUUUGGAUGAGAGUCAUUUCAGAGAUUUGCUAAAUUAUCAUGUUCGCCCUCCACCAGCUGAUUCCAAUUCUGAGUGUUCUCUCAUUCGUAUGGGUUUUCCUCAACAUAUAAUGGCAUCCUUAUCAGAUCAGAAUGCGAAACCGUGCUUCAGCAUGGCACAUCUGGAUAGCAGUAGUGGACCAAUCUUGACACUUGGUGGAUAUUUUUGUCCCCAGUGUAGAGCUAAAUACACCGAACUGCCUGUAGAUUGUAAAGUCUGUGGUCUUACGUUAGUCUCUGCACCUCACUUGGCAAGAUCUUACCAUCAUCUCUUCCCACUGGAUGCGUUCAGAGAAAUUCCCUUAGAAGAGAUUCCGGGAGAACGAUGUUGCCAAGGUUGCCAAGGAGAUAUGCAAGAUCCAAAUGUAUAUAUUUGCAACGUGUGCCAGAGCAUCUACUGCGUGGAGUGUGAUAUUUUUAUUCAUGACACCUUGCAUUGUUGUCCUGGAUGUAUUCAUAACCAAUCCAAUCCUUAACGACUGUUAAAUAAAUUAAUAGAUCAAUGAAUAACCAACUAUAUUUGAGAAAUAAAAGUCUGCAUUCACAAAGUCUGUAUUCAUAAUUGAGAGCAUUUUCAGUAAAGCGUGCUUUGAUCAAGUGAGACCUAGAUUGCUAAUAUUGGUGCUGACUGGAAACCUUAUAAACAUUGCCUGCAAAGAACAAUUAAUUUUGUAAAAUUAUUCAAUACAUUUCGUUAAGUGCACUUGAGUAAGACAAGUCGCACUGAUGUUGAAGGUUCAAAAUAAAUUUCUUAUGGAAAUGCGUAUG